CACCGAACCAACUUUGUCUUCCCUCCUUCACCUCCUCCUCGCCGCCAUCAUCGCUCGCCAUGCCGACCACGUUCGUGCAAAACACGCAGAUCACACCUCAGACGAGCCAUAAGGAUGUGCCUUACCUGCUAGGCACGCUCGCUCAGGACGACUCCAUCGUCUUCACCAAGGCAACUCUUGUCGCCUUUCUCAAGACGCAGGGAGUCGAGGUCGGUCCCAACUUCUCGGAGUUCAGCCGCUUGCCCAGGUAUGCCACCUUCGGCACCCUCGUCGAGAGCAAGGAGGUCCCUGCUCAGCCCGCCGCAGGACUCGCUACUACCAGCGCUGUAGAAGGCUUUGCGUCUGCCGACAGCCAGUCAGCUCAGUCUCCUCCCGCAGCGGCAGAGUUCGAGCCCAACCGCGGAGUACGUGACGCUGAGGGUCAGGCCUUCAGGCCUACGCGCCGAGUCCGAGAACCCAUCGGCGGCGGGUCAGCACAAAUUGCCUCCCUCUUCGGCAGCGAGGAAGCUGCUCCUGCCCCUGCGCCUGCACCCUUUCCCACUCACGCCUCAGCAGCAUCGCCUCCCCUGAACUCUCGCUCUUCCAACAACGACAGCCAAGCACCAGCAUCUCAGUCCCACUCCUCUCGCACGUCCUCGUCCAGCUUCACCGCCUCCAAGAAUGUGACCGACGCAGAGGGCAACGCCUUCCGUCCUACGCGACGCGUUCGUGAGGCUAUUGGAGGUGGUAGCGAGCAGAUUGCUGGCCUGUUCGGAGGGGGAGACGAGAAUGACGACUAUCAGGAGAGGAGGAGGAGGUGAGCGAGCCAGAGCUGAGGUGACAAAGAAGAGGGCUCGAGCGCAGAUAUGUGCGCUGGAGUGAGAAGGUACAGAGCUCAUGACGUUUCCCCACUGCUCCUUCCCUCAUGUCACGCCAUGGCUUCGCUUCACAUUGAUACCAUACAAAUCGAAACGUGCUUCACCUACAUCUGUAACCUCUCACAGUCCCGCAGCUAGCUCAUCGUCUCAACUACCUCAAGCACCCCUCGUAUCCACCCCUCAACCCCCACGCCGCGGCCUCUUCAUCGCCCUCGAAGGUCUGGAUCGCGCCGGCAAAUCAACGCAG